UUGGCCUGUGAGAGGCUAAUCCUGAUCCAGCCUCUGCCUGAUCCUCUCCCCGUUCUUCAGACUACACUCACUUUGCAGAUCAUCGUCUCUGGACUGAGCUGCAGGAAACUCUCAGGCUCUUCUCUCUAAGCAUCCUCAGGCAACAACUAAGCCACUUGAUCAUGGCGUCUUCUUUCACUCGCAUGAUUUCCGGUCGUAACACGGCGGUUAUGAUGGCCAUGGGAGCCGGCACGCUGGCAUCUGCAUAUCUCCUGACUGACAGCACUGCUGCUGCUGCUGAGAUAAGGAGGAGGUAUUUCCCCCACAGUGCCGAUUACCCUGAUGUGAGGAAGCACAACAACUGCAUGGCCUCAGCCUUGACUCCAUCCAUUUAUGCACGUCUGAGUGACAAGGCAACACCCAACAACUGGACCCUGGACCAGUGCAUCCAGACUGGCGUGGACAACCCAGGACACCCCUUCAUUAAGACUGUGGGCAUGGUGGCUGGAGAUGAGGAGAGCUACGAGGUGUUUGCUGAGCUCUUUGACCCUGUUAUCAAGGACAGACACAAUGGAUAUGAUCCUCGCACAAUGAAGCACCCCACUGAUCUGGAUUCCUCCAAGAUCACCUCGGGAAUAUUCGAUGAGCGCUACGUGUUGUCCUCCCGUGUGCGCACCGGUCGCAGCAUCCGUGGACUGAGUCUGCCUCCCGCGUGCACUCGGUCUGAGCGCCGUGAGGUGGAGCGCGUUGUGGUGACUGCUCUCUCGGGCCUGAAGGGAGACCUGGCUGGUCGAUACUACAGCCUGGGAGAGAUGAGUGACAGGGAGCAGCAGCAUCUCAUUGAUGAGCACUUCCUGUUUGAUAAACCUGUCUCACCUCUGCUCACGGCGGCUGGGAUGGCCAGAGAUUGGCCCGACGCUCGUGGGAUUUGGCACAACCACGAGAAGAACUUUCUGAUCUGGAUCAAUGAGGAGGACCACACGAGGGUCAUUUCGAUGGAGAAAGGAGGAAACAUGAAGAGAGUGUUUGAGCGCUUCUGCAAAGGUCUCAAACAGGUGGAGCAUCUGAUUCAGGAGAGAGGAUGGGAGUUCAUGUGGAACGAGCGUCUGGGUUACAUCCUGACCUGCCCCUCUAACCUGGGCACGGGGCUCAGAGCUGGCGUGCACAUCCGCUUGCCCUUCCUCAACAAGGAUCCCCGCUUCAAGAAGAUCCUGGAGAACCUGAGACUUCAGAAGAGAGGCACCGGAGGAGUUGACACUGCUGCAACAGGAGACACCGUAGACAUAUCUAACCUCGAUCGUCUGGGCAAGUCAGAGGUCGAGCUGGUCCAGUUAGUGAUUGAUGGUGUGAACUACCUCAUUGAAUGUGAGAAGAGGCUGGAGAGAGGGCAGGAUAUAAAGAUCCCUUCUCCGAUCCCUCCGUUCAGGAAGUGAGCGUCUCCUCCGAUGGGAACCUCGAAGUAGAACCGUUGCUGCAGUGGCUGGAGGUCUGACUGCCCACACACCUGACAGAUCCAGCCAUGUACUAACUUUCCAGCACGUUUAUGAGUUUAAAACGAAUAAAGCUAUAAUGGAAAACUUG